UUUACUGCCCUGACAAGACUGAAGUCCUUGUAUCUGGAUGCCAACCAGCUGUUGGAAAUACCCCGGGGUCUUCCCAUUAAUUUAAGUCUGCUGAGCCUGGAAGCGAACAGCAUCUUUUCUAUCCAAAGAGCUAACUUGUCCGAGCUAGGAAACAUAGAAGUGUUGUAUCUGGGACAGAACUGUUACUACCGUAAUCCAUGCAACGUUUCAUUUGAAAUUGAAAAAACAGCCUUUCUGGAGCUGAAGAAAUUAACAAUACUUUCCUUGAAGUCCAACAACUUGACUCAUAUUCCAGCCCAUUUGCCAUCGACUUUAAAGGAACUGUAUAUUUACAAUAACAUGAUUCAAGUGAUUCAAGAACAGGAUUUAAGUGCCCUGCACAACCUAGAAAUUCUUGAUCUAAGCGGCAAUUGCCCACGUUGCUAUAAUGCCCCAUAUCCUUGUCUACCCUGCCCCAGGAGCACAAUUGAGAUUCAUCCAGAGGCUUUUUAUUCCUUGAAAAGUUUAAGAAUUUUGAGACUCCACAGCAACUCUCUUCAGAGCGUACCCAGCAGCUGGUUUCAAAACAUGAAGAAUCUCAAAGAGCUUGACCUCUCCCAAAAUUUCCUCCUAAGGGAGAUAGGAGAUGCUCAGUUUUUGCGGUAUAUCCCUAGCCUUGUUGAGCUUGAUCUGUCCUUUAAUUUUGAACUGAAGAUGUAUUCUCCAUUCUUGAAUCUGUCUAAGACAUUUUCCUCCCUCUCUAACCUGGAAACCCUCAGGCUCAGGGGUUAUGUCUUUAAAGAACUGAAAAAAAGUAAUCUAGCUCCAUUGCUCGGUCUCAGAAAUCUAACUGUGGUGGAUCUUGGGACUAACUUCAUUAAAAUAGCUGACUUGAAAGUGUUCAAGGAGUUCCCUGCUCUUAAACUCAUAGACCUCUCAGUGAAUAAAAUUUCUCCUUCUUCAGAGGAAAGCAAUUCUUAUGGAUUUUGCUCUAAUCCUCGGAUUUCAGUAGAGCAAUACAAUAGGCAAGUAUUACAAGAAAUGCAUUAUUUCAGGUAUGACGUAUAUGGGCGAAGUUGCAGGUCCAAAGACAAAGAGGCUGCUUCCUACCAAUCUUCAGUUAAGGAAGAGUGCCUGAGGUACGGAGAAACUCUGGAUUUGAGCAGAAACAAUAUCUUUUUCAUUAACCCCUCAGACUUCCAGGGACUUGGUUCCCUCAGAUGCCUCAACUUGUCAGGUAAUGCAAUAAGUCAAACCUUAAACGGAAGUGAAUUCUCUUCCUUGUCUGGAUUGAAAUAUCUGGAUUUUUCCGACAACAGGAUUGACUUGCUCUACUCAACUGCUUUCAAAGAGCUACAACUUCUAGAAGUUCUAGACCUGAGCAACAACAAAUAUUAUUUCUUGGCAGAAGGUGUUAGUCACACGCUGAGUUUUAUGAAAAACUUGGCCCACCUGAAGAAGCUGAUGAUGAAUGAGAAUGAGAUUUCUACCUCUAUUAACACAGGAAUGGAAAGUCAAUCUCUUCAAAUUUUAGAAUUCAGAGGAAAUCGCUUGGAUGUUUUAUGGAUGGAUGGCAAUGCUAAAUACUUGUCAUUCUUCAAGAAUCUGACCA